AUGGCAUACGCCGCCAUCAGAUAUGGCAUCCUUCACCCGAACCAGGCUGGUGCGCUGCCGAAACGGUCCGCCGUAGAUAUCGUGGUUUCCCUCAUCUACGAUAUCGAGAAAGCACUAGCAGCUGGUCAGGUGGCCACUCUAGUCACGGAAGACGUCAUGGGCGCUUUCGACGCCAUCCUUCGCAAUCGCAUGAUCCUUUGCCUUCGACAACAGGGAUGGCCGGAUUUCUUGAUCCGGUGGAUAGCCAGUUUCCUGCUAGACAGAACAGCCAGCGUGCGCUUCCAGGACACGACCACACCAAGCGCGAAGCUGCGAUGCGGCCUGCCUCAAGGCUCCCCCAUCUCCCCAAUACUCUAUAUCUUGAUCACAGCGGCAAUCUAUUUCCUCUCGGGCGCAGCCCAGAGAUACGGAUACGCGGACGACACGGCGAUGCUCUUUAUCGGAGACUCGCUGGAAGACACUGCGAGACAAGCAAACGAAGCAAUCGCGGCGAUGGAAUCUUGGGGAAGAGGCGAGGCAAUCCACUUUGACCCAGAAAAAACGGAAGUCAUGCAUUUUUCUAGGCGCAAGGCUGAUCACGACCUGUCUCCCAUCAUUCACCACGGCGACAAAGAAAUACGGGCAGCGCCAUCUAUGCGGUGGCUCGGCAUCUGGCUAGACAAGAAACUCACCUUUAACCACCAUAUCGAUGAGUGGACACAGAAGGCUCGCAGGAAGGCUCGCAGGGUGAUUAACCACCUCCGAGCUAUGAACAAUACCGUGCGAGGCAUGGCGGCGACAGCGGCCCGUCGAGCCGCAUGGUCUGUGGCUAUGCCUAUUCUAUUCCACGGGUUAGACGCCUGGCUGCCCGGCUUGGAUACAGGUAGUUCACGCUUCAAAAGGAACCACAUCUCGAAAACAAACCUAGGCAAGAUACAACGCGUACUCAACCUCGCGUGCAAGAUGAUUCUGCCAAUGUGGAAGACAACACCUCUAGAAUUUCUCUGGAAAGAAGCAGGGAUCCCGCCCGCGAGCGUCCUUCUUCGACAUUUCCAGGAACGCAUAGCAGUUCGCUAUGCCACACUAGACAAAGCACACCCAAUCAGCAAACGGCUGCGACAGUCACAAAGAGAAGUCGAGCUGAAUGAGAAACCACUCAUCGCAGAACGAAUGGCGCUGCGGCACUCGAGGCUCCUAAGGACUUCAUCCCGCACUCCUAAAAUCGAGCGACCAAGACUCAUCCCACAGAGGUUCUCUGAUAAUAUACAAGUAGAAGGGCCCGGUGAGAGGCUCACCAAAGAAAAGUCUGUACCGGAAUUCGAGCAGUGGCUCGCCGGUCGACCAGCGGGCUAUGUAGUCUUCAGCGACGGCUCCAAAACAGACGCGGAUACGGCGGGAUACGGCUUCGCCGUAUUUUACCGUGGACAACUUCUGGAUUGGGGCUCCGGACAGCUAGGACGACGAGAAGUAUUUGACGCUGAGAUACACGGCGCACUUGCAGGACUGAAAGCGGCCAUGCAACAGAACAGCCGCCUCGAGCCGAUUACAGUCUGCAUGGACAACACGUCCGUGAUUGACUGCAUCGGAGCGACGGCGGCAGAUUCUUCGCAAGCAUGCUUCCGAGAAUUCCAAAAGAUUGGUGACAGGCACCCGUACCUGAUCUCAGUCAAAUGGUCGCCUGGCCACACUGGCAUUUUCGGCAACGAGCUGGCCGACCAACUUGCGAAGCAUGGCGCUACGCUCCCCACAGACGAACACUUGCCAUCUGUCUCGUAUAGGAAAAGACAGAUGAAGAAGCAGAUAGCAGUCGAUCACCGAGCCUGGUGGGCAACGGUUGAGAGAACGGAGUACCUGAGGCUUGGACUUAGUGCCGAGCUGAAGAAACUCCCGGAACUCAGCCUUCCCCGCCGCCUGCUCGGCUAUCUUCUGACUGCGCGAUCACAACACGGCGACUUUACAAAAAUCACGAGAGAUUCCACCCAGGACAGGCGACACUGGAGUGCCCUUGCGGGCGCCAGAAGUCACCUACCCAUAUUUUCUACUGCAGGAAGAUUCCUGGCCAUCUCCGGCUUCGGCUUGGCCCCGACCCAGGAACGGCAAUAG